AUGGCUACAUCACCAUCAUCACUACCAUUAGAUGCAAGGGGCAAACGGAUUCUUGUUGAAAACGUUGAUCGGAUUAGCAACCUCCCUGACGAUGUGUUGCUCAUGAUCCUAACUAGUUUGUCCACAGAAGAAGCUGUCAAGACGUGUAUACUAUCGAAACGAUGGGGGGAUGUUUGGAAACAACUGCCUUUUCUCAAUUUUGAUAUGAAAUAUACUCUUAAGUACGACGUGAAAUAUCUGGCAAAUCGUUCUGAUUAUGUUGCUCAAUUGAUUACCAAGGUUAUAAACAAUCACUAUGGCCAUCUAUUGUGCUGCACAAUCCAUCAUUUUUCAUACCAAUCUAGAAAUGGUAUGCUUGAAAGUUGGAUUCAAUCACUGAUUCAUGUGAAACACACCAAAACUCUCGUACUUCUAAACCUUCUUGGUCAUCGUAAGAGAGCUAGAGUGAUCAACUUGUCUCCAAACAUGUUCUCACAUCCAACCCUUGAAACACUCUACAUGAAUCGAUACGAUUUAGAAACUGCGCAUGCUUUCAACGGCUGUCAUAAUCUACUGGUUCUCAAGCUUGAAAAAAUUUGCGUUGAGGUUGGUGUGUUGAACACAAUUAUUGCAUCUUGCCCCUCUCUCAAAGUGCUCGUACUAGACAUCAAGUGGUACAGCCAAAUUGGUUGUUUCAAGAUUUAUAACAACAAUUUAAAGCUCUUGCAUUUGGCUUGCACUGAUAUUGAUGGCAUUGAAGUGUCUGCAGCUCUUCUUGAUAUCUUCUCCACUGACAAUUUUAUCACAAAAGAUAACUUCGUUCUCACGGCCCCUAGACUACUCCAGUGUAGCAAAAAUUAUUGGGCAGGAGACGGAAAGAUACCUCACAUGAGCUACAAUAUUUCAUAUAAUGCUAAGGAUGAAGAAAACGUGGGAUAUGGAUACGUGGUGAGCAAACAUACUGACCUUUUGUUACGGUUUACAUCUUUAGCUGUGAGUGUGGAUUUAAUGAAUCCCGAAGAAGUUUAUAUGCUACAACAAGUCUUGGUUGCAUGGGAAGGAGAAAUAAAAGAUCUUGAGAUUUUCUUUAAGCAUAACAAUGUUCCUAAGGAAUUAGAAGGUGAAUCUUCUAUUGGCGGAGAACAAGAGAAGAUUUGGGAGAAAGGAAAUUGGUUUUUCAAUGCUGAUUUCCGCAUAAAAGUUGUGAGAAUGUAUAAUUUUAGUGGUUCAAACAUUGAAGAAUUGGCGUUAGUUUUCCUUUUGGUGACAGAAGGGAGGGUAACAAAGAAAUUGAUGAUCAAGACGUCGUCUUAUCCUGCAAGCAUGAAGUUGGAGAUAGAAGCGAUAGUGGACAAACUAAAGCAACUUCCAGAACGUAACAAGAGGCUUAGUAUUGAAUGCUUUUGA